AUGACCUUGACAAUAUUUGUCAAGGUCAAGGAAGUUAGAUGUGCCUAUAUUGUUCUGCUGGUAGCUGGAUAUUGGGUGACAGAAUGUCUACCGAUAGGAAUCACAUCAUUAAUACCUGUAGUAUUAUUUCCACUAUUUGGUAUUCUUAGUACUCAGGAGACAUGCAUUUGCUACAUGAAUGAUACCAUCAUGGUAUUUAUUAGCGGUUUGAUACUCGCUAUUGCCACUGAACAUUGUAACUUGCAUCUGCGGAUUGCUCUGAUCGUAAUGAAGAUGCUCGGGUGCAGCCAUGCAAAACUGCUCGGUGGCCUUUGCACAGUGACUACUUUUAUAUCCAUGUGGAUCGCGAACGCAGCAGCUACCGCCAUGAUGGUACCUAUUGCCUUUGCUGUACUCCGUGAAUUGGAGAGGCAAGGACUUGGGAAAGUGUUUGAUAUAAAGAAAGAUCCAGAGGAUCCUGAAGCUGAACCGGAUAUAAAACCGACAAACUUAACGAAAGCUUAUCUGUUUGCGGCGGCGUAUGCCUCGUCCUUUGGCGGUACCGGAGCGAUUGUAGGUACACCGACGAAUCUUGCCUUUAAAGGCAUCUACGAAUACAAUUUCCCUGCUGCUGAUCCAAUCACUUUUGGCAACUGGAUGGCCGCUUCGAUUCCGCAAAUGGCCACUAAUUCUUUUAUAUUAUGGUUGUAUCUGCGAAUCACUUUUUUGGGAUACCUGAGGCCACGUAGCAAGGAUGCUGAAAUGGCAAGAAUUGGCGUAGAAGGCGAGGCCAUCGCAAAUCAAGUAAUAAGUCAAAACCUUAAAAAUCUAGGACCUAUGACAUUUCAUGAAAUCUCCGUUGCAAUACUUUUUACGGGAUGUAUAUUUCUAUGGAUAUUUAGAGCUCCUGGAUUCGUUCGCGGAUGGUCAGAAAUUCUAACGGACGUAAUGUUGGCGGAUUCGACGCCCGCAGUCUUUGUAUGCCUGUUAAUGUUUUUCAUCCCAAAAGAGCCGAUUUUUUUACACUUUUACAGCAGCGACCCAUCCAGACGAGUGGCCAGAUCGUCCGAGGGUCUGAUUACUUGGCAGAUCAUUCAGACAAAGAUGCCGUGGAGAUUGGUAUUUCUGUUAGGUAGUGGUUUUGCUGUCUCAAAAGGCAGUAGUGUCUCAGGACUUGCCAUGAAGAUAGGACUAGCUUUGGUGCCUUUGAAAGAAUUACCUCCUGUGCUGAUGAUGGCCGUUGUUCUUUUAUUCGUUGGCACACUGACGGAAUUUACUUCAAACGUUGGUACAGCUAAUAUAAUUCUACCUGUCGUCGCUCACAUGUGUGUGGCGAUGAAGAUACAUCCAUUAUAUCUAAUGAUGCCAGUGACUCUGAUGUGCUCGUACGCAUUCAGAAUGCCAGUCGCUACGCCGCCAAAUGCAAUUAUAACUGUCGCGGGUCAUUUACAAACUCGAAUACUAAUAGCAGUCGGAUGUUUCCCCGCUAUGUACAGUUUAAUAGUGCAAGUUAUCCUAUUCCCUACUUGGGGAGCCUUUAUUUAUGGCAUCGGUGAGUUUCCAGCUUGGGCAGAACAACAUGAUUUUGCUUGA